CCUUAAUACGUGGAAGCAUUCCACAGUAUCAGCAUCUAGUAGGAGGUGGUGGAGGUGGUGCACACACGAAGAUGAGCGGUCGUCCUUUACUGGCACAAAGACGCGCCAGUGCUAUGGCUGCGAUGUCAUCAAGCCAGUUCAGUUCCUUGACCUCCAGUGGGGCGACCAACUGGAAUCAUAAUCCAGCAAAUGCACCAUCAAGUCCUGCAGUAACUCUUGCGGCCGCGCAAAAAUGUCGCAGGGCUUCCCAAAAUGCCAAUAACAAGUCGUCCAACUAUUAUUCCACUAAAACUACCAUUGAAGAAGCCAAGAAAAAAGACAGCACAGCCGAAGACGGUGGUCUUCUUUCUCUUCAUCCGACUUUGGUCAAUCGUCUUGCACCUAAUGAAAAGCGGCAGCUGGAGAGACUAGCGUCCAAAAUGAUGGAACAGACUGGUGGAGAGGACGCUAGCGCUGGUGAAGGGGGAGACGGAGCGGGUGGUGACACUGCAGGAGCUACUGGCAAGCCGCGUGAACAAACAGAUCAAAGCGUAGUCGCUCAAGAACAAACCGCGGACGAUAUCUGUGCAGAUGAGGAUGACGACGAUGAAGGGGAAGAAGACUCGUCAUCUUCUUCUGGUAGUCGUUCCGGACAUUCCCCCUCAAACGACGGCUCUAGCGGUAGCGGAAGUAGGACCACAUUAGGAGCUCAACAACAUCAACAUCAAGAUGAACAUUCUAUAGUAGGCAAUAAUCAACUUCAACUGAGAACCGUGAACAUCAGCAGUGAUGUUGUGCAACAAGAAGAACAAUUUGAAUGCCGCCAAGCACAGGAGAGCCUUGACGGUUUGGAAAUGGUAGAUGACUCUCCUGAGGAAACAAUCUCGAUAACCUAUGAGGUCUACGUGCAAAUCCAAGAGAAGAUCAUUCUAGUGGUGUCGAAGUUUAGAACCUUCGAGACGGACUACAACGUGUUGCAGUUCGGACUCACCUGCUACAUUUUGGUGUCCGGAAUAGUAGCCAUCAUGUUCAAUCAGCAACUGAUGGAUGCAGAUGAUUCAACUCGUCAGAGUGGAGGUGAACCCGUGUUGAGAGUUCUUUCUGCAUUUGGUAGACCUGGAGGUAGUGCAGAAGUUCCGUCUACACCUGCGGCAUCUGGUGUCUCUUUGACAAGGCGGUUUGGGCAUGAAAUAACACUUGAUGAAGCUACUACUAGCUCGGGGACGAGAAGACUACAACAUCUCAAAAACUCAACAAGUUUGUUGGCACGAAACUCGGAGUCUAGCUUCAGAGACGAAAGAAGAACAUCAAGACUCUCCUGGGAUUACGAAGACCUGCUUUCUUCGUCGCAAAAUCAUGCGAGGAAAUUGUCGACCAAUUCUGGCAACUCAUCGUCAUCCGCAUCUUCUACUUCUUCUUCCUCCUCCUCUUCAGACUCCUCUUCCUCCUCAUCAGACUCCUCCUCCUCCUCCUCCUCCUCUUCAGACUCCUCUUUCUCCUCAUCAGACUUCUCCUUUCCAGAAGUGACCUCCUCCUCGAAAGAGACUACUUCUACAACAUCAUCGUCGAACAGCUCUUCCUUCUCCUUCGUGGCAUCGUUGAUUCAGUUGAAUCUGGUUCUGUUCAUCGACAUCCUAUGGCUGAAACAGAUGGCGGCCAUCUACGAGUCGUUUCUGAUCGAGAGGGUCCAAACGAGUUGUCUGGACAGUAUCUCGAAAUUGAGCGUGUACCUCUUCAGCGAUGCCCAGGCAUUGCAGAUGUUAUGGUCCUCAAGUAUACUAGAACUAUGGUUUCGUUAUAUUUAUAAGGUAUAGGCUAUUUUGGUGCGUGGUUCUUUGAGGUAGAGGCAUGUUUUGUUACAGCCUCGCCUAUGAUUAUACGAGGACUACUAUCGCUCCUCAAGUAUACUAGAACUAGUGGUUUGAAGUAGCUGAAUUUCGUUAUAUAAGGUAUAGGCUAUACCUAUAGUAUAUAUUAUCCAGGGCGCAGGGGGGGUACCGUGCAGCCGAUAAAUAUAUUUUUUUAAAUGAUACCACAACUAGAAACUAUAAUAGACCUUUCUCAUGCGUCCUCUCUAACAUGAAAUCUGCAGAUGCAGCAGAUGUCGAUGUGCAUCCGCCUAUUCGGACAACCUAUUACCUAUGCUUUGCUGUGGAAGGCGGUUUCGCUUGUCAUUUUGAACCUCACCAUGACGAUCAUGGUGCCUAUGCUCGUGGCUAGGGGGCAGUCUGCGACGGCGGAUGACGGGAGUGGUGGAGCUGGAGACGGAGGUGGAGGUGGAAGUUCACAAGGGAGAUUACUGUGAUAUAGUUGGAGUCUACACAGAUCUACUUGUGAGAACGAAUGAGUGAACGAAUUUGAGUGCUUGUAGUUGUAAAGAUUUGGUAUUAGUAGUUGCAGGUACAGCUUCAUCAAGCAUCCUUAGAAAAAUUUCCAAGAAAAAUCUGUAACAGGGGACUAUCCGCCGUCGCUGUUCGGGCCUCUUCGAGACCAUGAUGGUGUCCCCAGAAAGUAAGUAGAAGUAAGCUAGUAGUAGUGCACUUAAACAGAAAGUAAGAGCAAAGCGUUUCUACUUAAAGUAAGCUACUAGUACUCCGUAUUGUAGUUCGUAAAAUCUUCAUGUUGUAGCAUCACGAUCAGCAACUCACUGAUUCAGUUAAAUCUUGAUGACUGAGUAGUAAAAACGUACUAGCUGUAGUAAUUCUGGUUUACGCGUUUCUGAUACUAAAAAUCCACGACAUACCCAAUUUGAGUGAGUAGGUAUGAUUUUGCUGGUCAUAAACAUGAAGGGAGUUCAAUUUGUUCUAGUUUUUCUGACAUUUUUUAUUUUUCCUAAGGUACAUCUACAUCUUUUUUUUUGCCUAGUAUAGUAACGUACGUCAUUCACAUGGAAGUUAUGCAUAGGAAAUGCACCUCCUAAAAAGGACUAAAAACGACACUCUUAUUCUAUGGACAGAAGUAUACAGAAGCACAAAUAAGGUUACAACACCCAACCACGACCACAACCACUUCGACCACUUGUUCGUAUAUUACGUAACUACGAUAUAUCAUUACGAUGUAAGCUGUUGGAUAAAAGCUGAAAAAAGCUACAUGAACAAGAAUAGAUGACUAGCGCAUGAUGCUUAUGCUAUCUUAGGCAUGAUUCAUUUCGAUUCACAUAACCGCGAUGCACAUCGUGACUAAAUGGAAAAUCUUCAAAACAAAAAUGCCAAUCACACUUCUACAAGAACCUGCGUCGAACUAAUCGAAAAAGAUCAGAAGAUCAGCAUUGAAGCAUAGGUGGAAAAAAGGAGAACCUUAAGAUCCUACUAAGAUCAUACUGAGCGAGUAAAUUCUACAAGAACGUAGAACUCGAACACUCUAGGGCCGCCACUUGAUGAGUUAGCGCAAUUCAUGAGAUUCAAAAUACAGGCAGCUUCCUGUGAUCUCAAAAAUGACAAAAAUGCGCAUAAUCAGAGGCAGGCAGCUUUCUGCAAGCUCUUAGUGUCGACCAUUUUAAAAUCGAUGGC